CGAAGCGGACGGUCGCGGCACCGCCGCCAUUUUCAUCACCCGAAAGUACGAUAAAAAUCGCCAAAAUUUUCGACCGUCAGUAUCACUCACCUUCAAAGGUGCUGAAAUUGGAGGACGACCCGUGGGGGUCAUGUGCGAUGUACUCGCCGGAUAAGAUGAAAUCCGGCGGGGGGCUCAUGGCGCCACCAGGGUGCUUCCCGGGCCGGUACAGCCCCACGUACCGGAGUUCCGACCCGCGGCGAUGCGUCCCCAACCCGUCCAGUCGGAUAUUGGAAGACGCAUCGUUGAUGUGCAACUCAUGGUCACCACGGCACAACGGUGACCUAUUUGGCGGGCUGAACGAUGGUCUACUGAGCAGGGCGGAGGCGUUGGCAGCAGUGGACAUCAGCAAGCAUCAGUCGGGUCCACAACCAGGGCCCCCACUUCCACAGCUAAAGCACGACAUGGUGUACCAUCACGGAGUAGGGGGCCCAUCACCACACAACGCAAGACCACAUCAGAUGGGCCACCAUGGCAUGGAGGGGCUAGACAUGCUCGACCCGCUCACAUCGUCAUCGAUGACAACCUUAGCGCCGAUGGGAGAAGCAGCACCACCUCACCACCAGCUUCACGGCUACGGAGCGAUGAACCAUGUCAUGAACCAUCACCACCAUGCUGGGGGGCUAGCGCACGCACCGCCUGCUCACCUUGGCCACCCGGCAGCAGCACUACAUCCAGACACCGACACAGACCCUCGCGAACUCGAGGCUUUCGCUGAAAGAUUUAAACAACGAAGAAUUAAACUAGGAGUUACGCAAGCAGACGUCGGCAAAGCUCUUGCCAAUCUUAAACUUCCCGGCGUAGGAGCUCUAUCACAGAGCACAAUCUGCCGCUUCGAGAGCCUUACACUAAGUCACAACAACAUGAUAGCCUUGAAACCAAUCCUGCAAGCGUGGCUCGAAGAGGCAGAAGCGCAAGCCAAGAACAAAAGACGGGACCCCGAUGCGCCGAGUGUGCUGCCAGCUGGUGAAAAGAAACGUAAGAGAACUUCUAUCGCAGCACCGGAGAAGAGAAGUUUGGAAGCUUAUUUUGCGGUGCAGCCGCGGCCUUCCGGGGAGAAGAUAACAGCGAUUGCGGAGAAGUUGGACCUGAAGAAGAACGUAGUGAGAGUGUGGUUUUGCAACCAGCGACAGAAACAGAAGCGGAUGAAAUUUGCGGCGCAGCACUGACCGGCGGGCGGCGGCGCGGCUCUGCUGUACCCGGGCCCCGGGUACGGAUACUGAGCACCGCCGCUCCGGCGCGCCCCGCCCCGGCACGCCCCGACAAACCCUCACACAGCAAUAAGGAUCUCAUUCCGAUCUCAUUCUUAAACUCCCUUUGAGUCAAGCAAUCUAGUCUUUAGUGUAGAUAUUAUACCAUUUUUAAGUUUGUCUAUACACUUUCCACGGAUUCUUAUAUAUUUUUCGAGACACAGGGUAUAUAAUAAUCGAUUAUAUACAUAUCAUUACAGUGAGUAGAUGACGCUUCAAUCGUUCAGUUCGUGCGCGCCGUCUUUUCAAUGUUUUCGGAGCAUCGAAUAUGUACAUGAAUAAAAAAUGAAAUUCAGGAUUUUUAAGAGAAUGUGCCUUGCAAAUAAUCAAUAUUCUGUGUUUUAAUAUUAGUAACUUCAUUGCUGCGAGUCGCAGGAGUCGGACAGCCGGACGUCCGGUGUCCGGUCGCCCGGGUGACGUGCUGCGCUCGGCCGGACGGUCGCUUGCGAGAUGUGACCAUCCUUUUAAAUGUAGUGUUACGUAUUCAUUUCCCUGACUUUGCUCAUUGUUUAGAAGUGAUCGAGGUCUCGCAGGCGUCACCUGCCGCCGCUCUGCGCGCAGUCUAAUGUUUAAAUAUUUAAUGAUAAAUUUGUUAGGCGUUUUGUUCUCAUUAUAUUGACACUGUACAAAAUAAUUAUAAGAAAUUAUAUUUUCAAGCCUAAGUUGUAGAUAAUAUUCGGUAGGAUUUUGUACUAUAUUAUGAUUAUUUGUUUAAAUUUCUGUUGAUUUGUUCAUUUUGUAUGAUUAUGGACAUUUUCACGAGAUGGCACAAUUUCUAGUUUAAGAGGUUAUUAGUGACAUUUAGCCAAAAUAGUGUUAACAAUUCAUUUGUAAAUAGAUCACCUUUCGAUUAACCUGUAGGAGUUAGUUUAAUACACAUAGUUACUAAACGGAAGGAAUUAGUACAACGCGAUUGGAUUCAUGCACGAGGAUACAUAAUGUUUGCGUUACGUCACACUUUUGUAAACAACUACUUAGAUACGUAUAUAUUAGGAGCCCGUGUAACAAGAGUCGCUCGAUGCCAAAAUUUUGAUUUGAAACGUCAAUGAAUUCUUAACUAAAAACGCGGCCAAAGUAUUGACGAUAAUUGAAAUUAAAUAAAAAAUAAUUUGUUACGAAUCAUGAUUGAUAACUGCAUGGAUCCAAAAUGGUGUAUCGCACCGCAGCUUAAGUAAUAGAAAACCCGAAAAAAAAAACAUAAAAAUUUUGCGAAUUAUAAAUAAUAUUUUUAAAAGAUAUUUUGUAAAUAUAGAUUUAAUAAAAAGACUUAAGUAAUAAUGAAACGUGCAAUUUAGACCUCGGUAAUUAUAUGAAAUAACUGCUAGGAAUUUAUGGUAUCUACCACGGAAAAUGAACGAACACGUAUUUCUUUAUACACCUAACGAUCUAGUCAUAGCUUUAUUUACAUUUAGUUAUUUAUUGUUUUAAACUAUUUACUUUUAGUAAUUUAUUCAUGUUAAAUGUACAACAUUU